AUCUAUGAAGAUCUCCAGGUGUCACAUCACAUCGCCCGAGAAAAAAAAAAUCACCCCAUGGUGAAGUCUCUGGAGUUCGACGAGUUCGACCAGGGACUGGGGACCAUUGAGAUGAGAAGGGGGCAAACGUGGCCACACCAACAGUUGAGUUGGCCUCAGAUGGUGAGGCAAAGGCACCUGUCAAACUUCCUGCGGAGGCAUGGCUUUGUGGAUGAACAGAGCCCCCGAGGACUUUGUGGAAAAGUUCGCUUGGAGUUGAUGUAUCCCAUCCACGUAGCCGCGCAGAUGGGCGAUGUGCCGAUUCUUCGUAUCCUUCUGGACCUCGGGGUGGACCCUCAGACGGGCGCGGCCGAUGGCCGUACCGCCCGUCACUUCGCGGAGGAGGCCAAUCGAGAUGGAUCGCACCACCGGAUCUUGCAGCUUUUGGCACAUUCACAACGCGUGAAGUCGGUGGCAUUGUAAAAGCUUUGUCGCCGUUGCAUCCUCGGAACUGGGAAAAUCUUAGUCUUAUUUUUUUAGGAGAUACUUAGAAUUAAUCUAAAAAGUACAGAUUCAAAAUCUUACAUCCCAAGUUUCAGGUUGGACAUGGGUCCAGAACUUCCAUUUCUUUCGAGUUUCCAAGAAGUCCUGGACGUCAGGGUGUGGGUUGAGCCGGGCCUAGUCUCUCACAAACGAGUGUGGUAUGCCAUACCCAUCUCCCAGACGUAGCUUUUUGCCAGGAACAAAGUGUUGCCAAGCCGGCAGGAAGAUGUUGGUGGCUUGAAAAAACUUGUGUUUGUUUAACAGUUUUGUUGUCCUUUUUCAUCCCUUCU